AUGAUUAGCGCACUCCAGCGCCCCUACCGGCGCGACUGUGGGAACACUGGGAUCGGGAAGGAGACGGCUGUGUUGCUGGCUUUACGAGGAGCUCGUGUGAUCAUCGCCUGCAGGGGUGAGGAGAAAGCCAGGAAAGCCGUUCGAGAGAUCAGGAGCCACAAUAUGAAUGUGCUGCAUAUGGAGGUCGACCUGGCCAACAUGAGGUCUAUAAGAGAGUUCAGCAAAACCUUCUUACAAAAGGAGAAGCGGCUGGAUAUUCUGAUCAAUAAUGCAGGUGAGGAUUGGACAGAUGAUGAUUUCUCCAUGUGCUUUGGCGUGAACCACCUUGGCCACUUCUUACUGACCAACCUUCUUCUCCCGCGGCUGAAAGAGAGUUCACCGAGCAGUAUGAUCAAUCUCACCUGCUCCAGCUACAAGUACCAGAAGCUGGACUUCCAAGAUCUCAACUACAACCUGUUUCCGUUCGUCACCUACUGCCGCAGCAAGCUGGCCAACAUUUGCUUCACACAGGAGCUCGCUCGCACGCUGGAGGGGAAAGGAGUGACCGCGUACGCUGUUCACCCUGGUUACGUUCAGAGUAACUGGAUCUGUCCUUACUCGGUUUUGUUCCGGAUCCUUGUGCAGGUGGUGAUGUUCAUGUUUUUUGUUUCGUGUGAGGCUGGGGCGCAUACGGUGGUAUACUGCGCUGUAUCAGACGAGGUGCUUGAGCACAAUGGAGGAUAUUUCACUGACUGUCAGCCGGCUCACCUUAGAGCCUUCGCUAGUGAUUCUGGAGUAGCAAGGAAACUUUGGGAGGCCAGCGAGAGACUAGUUAAACUGGCCUGA